CCUGCAUGUAAGGAUUUGAAGGAUUUGCCUUUUUGUAUUUCUAGUGUGAAAUGAAUUGUAAACGUUUCGCCGUUAUUUUGUGAAUGCUGCGAGUAGCAAAAGACAUGGAGCCUGCACGAGACUAACAACCCGGCGACGACGGCGGCAUUACCGGAUCGGCGGCAGCUGAGAUAACGUAUGGGUUUCUCUGAAGCGGCCGACGCGUUAUGCGUGCAGCAGCCACCUCAUUGACGCCGCAGGUCGUUAGAGUGCAGCUGUUUGCACACCGCCGCCGCUAGCAGCAGUCUUCUGUGCAUCACGCCGCCCUCUGCUGAGGCGUCGACUGUCGUCGCAGGUCCAGUCUGCACCGGCUUCGCGCUAGCCAGGUGCCGGACGGGCACAAACACGACCGCCAAGAUAGGUUGCACAAUGGGGGGAGGCCACUCAGCACGCAAGGCAUCCUUUGACGCUGAAGGCGAGGUUGAUUUCGACCACUUCCAGAUAUUGCGUGCAAUUGGCAAAGGCAGCUUUGGCAAGGUGUGCAUCGUGCAGAAGAAGGACACGAAGAAGAUGUACGCGAUGAAGUACAUGAACAAGCAGGCGUGCAUCAAGAAGGACGCGAUCCGCAACGUGCUGCGCGAGAUCGACAUACUGCAGCGGAUCGAACAUCCGUUCCUCGUCAACCUCUGGUUCGCCUUCCAAGACGAGGAGGACAUGUUCAUGGUCGUUGACCUGCUGAUGGGCGGCGACCUUCGCUAUCACAUCCAGCAGGAGAUCAAGUUCGACGAGGAGCGAGUGAGACUGUACAUCGUGGAGAUCGCGAUGGCGCAGGACUACCUACGCUCAGAGCACAUAAUACACAGAGAUAUUAAACCAGACAACAUACUCCUGGAUGAAGAAGGGCAUGUACACAUCACAGAUUUCAACAUCGCCACAGUAUUACAGGAAGGCCAGCUAGCUACCUCGAUGUCGGGAACAAAGCCUUAUAUGGCGCCAGAAGUAUUCGACACGGCGGUGGACGAGUGUCCGGGAUAUUCAUACCCCGUCGACUGGUGGUCGUUAGGAAUCUGCGCGUACGAGAUGCUGCGUGGAAAGCGUCCUUAUGAUAUUCAUUCAGGAACAUCAUUGGAAGAUAUUCGACAAGGGUUCACAGUACCAAUUAGCUAUUCGUCAUCAUGGAAUGAAGGCAUGAGAAAUAUACUAAAGCAGUUGUUGACAGUAGACCCAGCUGAACGAAUUUCAACAUUCGAAGACUUGAAAUCUCAUCCCUUCUUGUCCGACCUUGACCCCCAGAAGGUGUUGAGGCGGGAGUUCAAGCCAACUUUCGUGCCUGCGAAGGACCAUUUAAAUUGUGACCCCACAUUUGAACUGGAAGAGAUGAUUAUUGAGGCAAAGCCUCUGCACAAGAAGAAGAAACGAUUAGCAAAGCAGAACUCAAAGCGAGAGAGUCAGAACAACUUAUCUGGAAUGGACAUGGACCCAUUGCAGCUGUGCCUAGAAAACAUAAACGACGAGUUUAAAGUUUACAAUCGUGAAGACGUGCAGCGAGAAAAGCAGGAGAAGAAGCGAAAAGAGAAACUGAAGGAAUUGCAGAAAUUCGGAGAGGAGCUCGCGUUCGACAGCAACAAGACUGAGACGAAGAAAGCCGAGUCAAAGAAGAGCGCCGGAACGUCGAGGAAGGCAGCAGAUAAGAAAGCCACCGACAAGAAGGAUGCCAAGCAGUUAGACAUAAAAUCGAGUUCGAAACAAGAGAACAUUUAGGCUAAAAAGUCGCCAGAUGAGAUCGGAAAGUCGUAACUGUGCGUGGGGGGGUGUAGUGCAUAUCACACAGGUAUGGACACUUUAAUGUAACUUUUAUGUCUUUUUUAACGGUGUGAUAUAGUGUGUUAUUUCUGUUAUCUAAAUUUGUAGAUAUAAUUAGCAGUUGUAAAGAGGUUAGGGUAUCUAUGAGUUUAUCUGCGGGAAAACAAAUGUGUAGGUAUUUUUUAUGAAUACUCGACCACGCCGAGUAAAGUGACAAAGUACGCGAUUUUGUAAAAGAUAUAUUCGAUAUUUGCGCUCCUAUCUAACGGCUGAUAACUUCAAUGAAACACAACUUGGAGGCAUUAAUUGUUCCGUGAAAGGUAUUCAGUUGACCUCUUCUGCGUAUGUUCGCGCGUGAUGUACACGCACGCGUGCUUUCUUGUGUACGUGUUUACGUGCACUUGUGACUGAAUGCAUGCGUGCGUGCAUGUGCUUAGUUUGUUGUUGGUCUUUACAUAAUUGAAAGCGUAAUUGAAGAAUUACACGUGUUUUAUCGCAGAGUCCCAUGUGGCAUUUAAGUAGCAGAUGAGAUUCAAUUAUCAGCCACGUAACCGGACGUUCCAUUAAUGUAGGCUAUUUAGUGCAGCAUUUGGUGAUUGAAUUAUAAGUAACUAAAAACGUACACUGACAUCUCAUACUAACUAGAAAUAAUUGAAAAGAUGAGAUAUAUUCUUUGAAGUGGGUUUAAUCAUAUUUUUGACUUGAUGUGCUUAAGUACAGCCGGAUAAAUCAGCAGCCUAGCAGUAAAGCCUCUCUAAUACAAUUAUACGUUUAGCUAUCAUGCACUACACAACUAUUUUAAAUGUAAAAAAUUAGAUUGUACGAUCAGGCGAAAAUUCUCCAAUGCGCGCAGCUAGUAAGCAAACCCUAUUCGAGAAUUCGGUCGCUCGUAGGUAAGCGGUAUAGCCAGUGCUAGAAAAAGGAUUCUCUAGGUCUGCCAAAGGUACCUCGUUUAUUUUUGCUAAACGUGUACACCUGAACAUUUUGUAAUGUGUGUAUGGCGGUAACAGCAGCAGCGCCUUGUGGGCGUCUGUUUUGUCCCACCAAUAGCAAUGGGUUUAUAUUAUGGGGGGCAACGGCCUCUGUUACAGAGCCUUUGGUGGACAUAGAUUUCUGUAAAUGCCGUGUGCAGUUUCAGUUUUUAACGCACAUUAGCGUUUUACACGUGUCCUGGGGGAAGUGUGCAUGCGUGCGUGCGUGUGUGUGCGUGUGUGCGUGCGCGCGUGUGUGUGUGUGGUAAAUGGGUAAAGUGCGCCAUUCAUGGAGCUGCUGUUUUAAAAUGGCUGUUACGUAAUUAGUCGUGUCAGUUUGACAUUUGCCGAGCUUUUCGCUGUGGUUGCGAAUUCGUCCAUUCGGGUGACGUAAUUCUCACAAAGUGCACUGUAAGGGAAAGAAGGGGGGAUAUCUCUCGUCUGUACUUGUAUGCGUCGUGUGCUUUAGCACAGAGAAAAACUGCUGUACAUAACUCGGGUGUGUGUGCCUUAUGAUGAAGAUAGCCACUCACCACGCUCUAUGUGGUUGCAAGCUGCUACUCCUCCUCCUGACCCACCCCACCCACCCAAAAGAAAAUUCUUAGAGCUGGUGUUUCAAUCGCGUGUAGCGUUUGCUUGCGAGUCUUCGUGAGUCAUUAAUCAUGGGUGCAUUCACCGUGGUGAUCAGAGACGCCAUCGAUGUUUCUUAGUGACGUGACAUUAAUGGUCGCCAUUAAGAGAAAAUAUCCGAUGGCCGGUGUAAUCUAAACGACGAAAGGACAGCAAACAAAUCCUGCAGCGAUAUAUUGCUGAGCAGAAAGAGCAGCAGAUACGGUCGGUGAAUGUUAUCAGUGAUGAAUAAUAUUUGAUAAAAUUCAUUGACAAAUUCAUUGACAAAUUUGUCAUUAUUAACCCCUGAUACUGUCGAGCGCUCCCCUGCCGGUUUUUGGCGAUUUCGAUCCCGACUUCGUCACUGAAUCGCCUGAUGUGCGGGCGAAAUGUUGGUGACACAAUAUCGCAAGCUGUGAGGCUUUCAACAUUGCCGUUUUUCUUGUUUCGGCCGUGCUACUGCUAUCGGAAACAUAUCUACUUGUUUAGAUAUAGUUGGUUGAGUACGCCCCCCAAUGCUAAUGCAUAAGCAGGUAUGAUUGUGUAGGUGGCUUCGUAGAGUGAUGUAGGGACCCCGUCGACGUGUCACACACGUGUCGGUUUGCGUGAUGAGUAUUCGGGUUUUUCAUGUACAUGUGUGAGCCCAGGUGCAUGCGCCACCCCUCCAAGUCUCGGUGUUUUGUGCGGUCGGAUACAGAUGAACGGCUUGGUUGUGUAAUCACAUGAAUCUCAAGGUAAUUGCACACGUGGUCUCCAGCUUUGUCUACGUCCAUGUGUGCCAUAGUCGUGUGAGAGUACGCGCACAAUUAGUGUAAUUAAUUAGGUGAUCGAACAUCAACGUGUACAUGCCUUAAAUGUUCGCACCGUGCCGUACUUAGGGUGGCUUUAACGCUAAAUUGGAAUGACGGGUGUUUGCUCUAUGUAAUCUGCACAACGAGCUAGAUAGAACUUCUUGCAAGUUAAAUAGGAGACGAACAAUGGCACGAAUAGCUAAAUAUAGCUUUGGUCGGAUUUCUUCGGCUAGUGUGUCUUUUCUUACGGUCUACGUACCGUAGUGUUUACCUGUUCCCACCUUGUGACUGUUAGCUGUUCUGACGUUGUAACUGUUAGCAGUUCCGACCUUGCCCGACCUUGACCAACUGACGACCACUUCUUAUACCGCAGCGCGUCGUUUUAAGUUGCCUUUUUUAUAGUCGCGUAGGUGCCGUACUCGUGCGGUGAAACAUUCCGCGAGGUCGGUGCACUAUUACAUCUCAACCAAGAGUAUCAAUAUAUGUGAACAUUGAUUGUGAAAUCAGUCACGGCUUUAUGGUCGCCUACCGGUUUCUAACUUGACUCUGUAGUAUCAACGACCUUAUAGUGCCGGUCCUAUUAUACGACUAUUGUUAAUGUAGUUGAGAGUUAACGUGUUAAGAGUUAUAGCAGAUAGACCAAACUAUAGGUUGACAUUUUUCUAUUAUUUUUCUAUCACAGAGAGGGUUUGUCGAUACCUCCCCCGCCAACGUCUAGUGCGUCUAGCAGGCUGAUAUAGCAACAAAUUCAGUGGGUACUAAUUUUAAUCAAAACAUGCAUGAACAGUGGCUUACUAUGAAAAUGGUUCGAUGCCGUUUAUUGUUAGUUGUUUCCAGUUUAAUCGUUAUUCGUGCGUUCCACGAAUGGUUCGUCCUUGGUUGUUAUUGGUGCGUGCUAACUUUGCUGCAUUGCGCAGUUCGUCAUUCAUUAUUAUUCCGCUUCAGUGCUUAGCAUCACUUAGUAGGAGUACUUUCUCUUACAGCAGGCAUCUAAUCGAUGCCUCGUUACUCCAACUAAUAAUUAAACACGCAAUUAUACGAUCAAUUCACAAAAGAAUUAAUUCCAUAGAUUACGUGAUGAUUUAAGCCUACUUUUGGCGUGACGCGUGAUUUGUAAAUUAUAUAAGCGAGGGGUGGGUUGUAAAAUUCAAGUACAGGUAUUCACAAAGGCCGUGGGCAAGUCUGUAAAAGCUGCAGUCCGACGGUUGCACGCUUGUGAGUCAUGGUUGGUGGCCGCACGGGGUUAGGUUUGUGGAACUGGGGAUAUCCUUACCACAUGGGAACGAAAAAUUGUGAGUAGUGUUACGUUUACGUUUAAACGUUGAGAUACGUCGGUAUAAACGCUUGCAAUAAUGUUGUGAGUCAUGACUGACUCGGACCUGAUCAGGAGCGUGACAGGUACCUUAUAACAGAAGUAGAUAAUAGGGAAUCCCCUAUUAUCUACUUCUGCUUAUAAUCUACUGUACUUCCCUGUUUUCACUACCGUCCCACACUGUAUUUCCCAGUGUUUUUCGGAACGUGUUUUGUAAAAAUUCCUUGAGGCCUGUCAUCGGGAGCUUUGUUUAACUCAGCGUGACUCUUGCAUGAUGAAAUUGUUGUUGGGAAUUGCAUCAGUGGACGUGUGCUAAGUCACAGCUUAAAGAGACUGUAUGCGUUCAGACUCUAGACCCAUUGCAGUGUAUUGUGGAUAAAUGAGGAGCUCAGUAUCCCGACAUGCACUUCGGUAGGAGCCAACAAAAUUACGUCAGAGGCACUCGCGGCCCUGAUACGUGCACACCGAGUGAACGGGUUAGAAUCUGAAUAUAGUGUAGGCGGUACAACAGACGAAGGGGGAGAUGUGUAAUCAACAGCGGGUGUUGCAGAUAGCCAGCGGGUGUCGCACUUGCUGCUAGCACAUACGAUGUACGUGCGUUGUGGAGAGCGGCGGUGUCGAUUGAUGAGCGGGACCCCCUCCCCGGAAUUGUUUAAUGACUGUAGCGCGAAGUGAUGUCGCGUGCGUGCCGAGCAAGCUGGGUUUACACUGACGAUUUUAUGCAGUCAAGUUGGCGUUUUUCUUCUUUCUACCAACCUCUCUAUGUAUGUUCAAAGCUCUUACGUUAUCGACCGCGAGGCGGCAAGCGUUUCAACAUUUGACCCGUAGCGUACGCGUGGGGCGACGCUAAUACGCAUUUUUGCACGUAUCACAUGCCGCCAGCGUGACGCCUAAAACAAAAACGUGCUCUCCCCUUAGGGUGGAGGGACACGCCCCUGAUUGCUGUUCUCUGAUUGGCCACUUGGCAGAAAAACGCCCAACUCGCCUGCUUCGAGUCGGAUAUGACUGCUAGGGGUGACGGGCGCAUGGGAGGGGUCUACGCUAUGUUCCUCCGUCCCUAUUUUCCCUUGUUCCUAUAUUCUUAUUUUGCUUUACUACGGCUAUGUAUCGCCACAUCACAACAAAACAUAAUAUCAAGAGCUAAUAAAUA